GAUUGGAAAGUGAGCAGCAGGCGGAAGUUAGUGACCCUGAGAGCGACGAAGAGCUGGCUGCGGGUGGAACAGCCCCACUCGGACCGUGAGCUAAGGCAUCCUUGGUCGAGUACUUCCGGAAUCAUGAUCCACAGUUUAUUCCUCAUUAACUCCUCUGGGGACAUCUUCCUGGAGAAGCAUUGGAAGAGUGUGGUGAGCCGGUCGGUUUGCGAUUAUUUCUUUGAGGCGCAAGAGAAGGCAAACGAGUCGGAGAACGUGCCCCCGGUUAUCCCGACUCCACAUCAUUUCUUAAUCAGCGUCUAUCGUGAUCGUAUCUUCUUCGUGGCUGUGAUCCAGAGUGAGGUGCCGCCGCUAUUUGUCAUCGAGUUCCUUCAUAGGGUCGUCGACACCUUUCAGCUACCAUGCUGGUGUGGAUACAGAAUUGCCAUUAUUUGAAAAGCUGGAAUGUUUUGAUGGAGACACUCCUGACUCGGAUGCCGUAUAAAAGACUGAUCCAGAAGGUUAGAUCCCAGGGAGUGAAGAGUAUUGGUUCGGAUAAAGCUGAUUGACGGAAAGCAGAAGAUCGGGAUAAAUAGUCCCUUCUCUGGAUGGCGAACUGUAACCAGUGAGGUGCUGCAGGGUUCAGUUCUCACACCUCAACUAUUUCCAAUGUAUGUAAAUAAUCUGCAAGCAAGGACAGAGUGUAACAUAGCAAAAUUUGGGGUGGC